AACCAUACCGAAUCCGUGCCCUGGAGGCUCGACUUCGCGAAAUUUCCUGAAACUCAGGCUCCGCCACGUAAGAGACGCUGAGUCGACCUGUCCUGGACCCUUCGCCCUGGCGAGAUUAAAGGAGCUUCUUCGAGAAGAACCAGCCUCCGAGUACAGGAGAUAAGAGAGAACGCCGUAACGGGGACAUCCGAAGAUCCUAAGAAGAACUUCUCGAAGACCCCAGAAGACGACGUCGCUGUCCACCGGGGGAUUUAAUUUUUAAUUAGCCAUCUUCUUUGGACCCUUCCGAGAGAUGCAGUCCAGCCUCCUGCAGGUGUCACUGGGGCUUCUGAUGCUCGUUCGCAUCACGCUUCAGGCAUCCUCGGCGACCUCGUCGCAUUACACAGGAGCCGUCGUCGAGUAUUAUCCGGUCCGUGGGCAGUUCAAAGAAACUGACUCGGGGACAAGGAUCGCGAACGAAAAUGCGAAGAACUUCGAGACCAUCCUGAAGAAGGCGACCGAAUACGCGGUGGACAUCAUCGUGUUUCCGGAGAACUCCCUGCUAGCGGGAUUCGUCUUCUCCUUUACCAACAGGAGUCACUAUCCAGAGUUCUCGUCCUUCCUUCCCGACCCGAAGGACUCGGUGACUCCUUGUGAAAAUUCCACGUCGAACGUCAUGGAGGCGGUGAAAACGAUCUCGUGCGCCGCUAAGCGGUACUCCAUCUACGUCGUGAUGAACAUCCCAGAGAAACAGAAUUGCACGGGGAUAGAGAAUUGCCCAUACGACGGGUACUUCUUCUACAAUACCAACAUCGCAUUUAACAGACAGGGCGCCAUAGUGGCUCGCUAUAGGAAAUACGACCUCUACGCGGAGCCAGGAUUCGACAGACCGCCCAAGCCGGAGAUUUCAACCUUCCUGACGGACUUCAACGUUACCUUCGGCCAGCUCUCCUGCCUCGACAUCCUCUUCCAGGAUCCUGCAUUGCGUCUGGUCAGGGAUCUGAAAGUCACCAACGUUUUAGUGCCGACCCACCGAUACACAGAAUUACCAUUCCUGGCCACCAUCCCGACCCAGCUGGCCUGGUCCUACGUGAACGACGUCAACCUACUCAGUGCUGGGUACAAUCUUCCAGUUAGUCUAAGACCCAGUGGCAGUGGAGGAAGCGGAAUCUACGCAGGAAAACGAGGAGGCAUCCUGGCGAUAACUCGUUCCGAUGCCCCGCGCAACAUCCUCCUGGUGGCCAAGAUUUCCAAGGAUAUCAGAAGCCCCGCCGUCAAGGACUACGGCAGCCACGUGGAGACCUACGUCUUCAAGACCUCCGAGAUCUCCACCACGGUGAAAAUCGAGGAGAUCCGGUGGCAAGGACUCGUCAGAGAGGACUUGUCUCAGUACACCACCCGCGCCAUGGUACCAGGAAACGAGACCUACAACCAGACUCUCUGCAACCGUGGCCUCUGCUGCGAUUUCUUCGUCAGGGUGAACUACAACUCCGAGGUCAUCCGAAAACCCAAUGUCAAUUAUUACAGGUACCGCUUUGCAGUCUUCAACGGUGUGAGGAAGCUGACGGGCUUCACGUCUGCGGGAGUGGAGGUGUGCGGCAUCAUCUCCUGUACAAACGAUACCCAGGACAGCUGUCGGUUCACCUUCACCAAGAACGCCACCGUGGUCCAUCCCGUUACCUUCGAGUCGGUUGUGGUUUCCGGAAACUUCUCCACGGGACCGGACGUGUUGCGGCUGCCCAUCACUCUGACGACCGACGUGGUGCCCCUCAACAUCAGUGACUUUUCCUUCGCGUCGAAGGAUGCCAAUGACACCCACGCCAACGUCGCCUUUAGUCUGGUUCGUCCCCAGAAGCGACUCAUGACGUUCGCCGUCUACGGGAGGAACUUCGCCGCGGAUGGGAAAGACAUUACCUCAGGGGCCUCCAUGGUGAUCCUGCUGGACCAGCUCGCGUUGAUCCUGAUUAAUCUUACUUUGCUGUUUUCAGGAAUUGUGCGGAUAUAAUCCGUUC